AUGCUGCAUGAGCUCUGUCUGUCUGAGACAUGCAACUUGCCCAAGUUCUAUGUUCAUGUUAAGUUACCCCAAAAUGAAAUAAUACCAAAGGAAUCUGUUAUCGAUGACAUAGAACGGAAAUCAUUUGGAAGGGCCUUUUUAAUCAAUUUCUGUUUUACAGUUAUGUUUGUUGCUGACAAAGUAAUGAAACUUCCAAAACUAACUGUUAUGAAUUUGACUGACCCUUCCUGCAAGCAAAUGGUUGCAGCCACAAGAGUAGAAUUUCCAUUCAAUGAUGGGUCAAAUUUGCUCCAUAAAUUCUGCAGAUGGAGUGGAUGCAUGAAGCGUUCGUAUGAUAAAGGUGUGACUUGGUUGGAAAGAGAACAACUUCCUCCUGGAAUAUUAGGGCCAUCAAAGAACAAGCCCAUCUUGCUGGAACAUGGGCACUUGCUCUGUGGAUCAUCUGUUGAAAGUUGGAACUCCUGGGGCUCAUGGAUGGAGGUCACAACAGAUUCAGGUAGGUCGUGGAGAAAGUAUGGUCCUAUUUACAUUCAAAAUGAAACUCUUAGUGUGAUCCAACCAGUUCCCUUCCAGACUGCCAAAGGUAAGCUGCGCGUUUUAAUGCGUUCUUUUGAAGGCAUUGAUAGAGUUUGCAUAUCAGAAUCUGACGAUAGCGGCAAAACCUGGGGCUUUGCUGUGCCUACAGAACUUCCCAACCCCAAUUCAGGCAUUGAUGGGGUUAAGCUGAGUGAUGGACGUUUGUUACUUGCAUACAAUACAAUCUCAAGGGGUGUGCUUAAAAUUGCCCUUUCAAGUGAUGAUGGUGAUUCAUGGCAUGAUGCUAUGACAUUGGAGGACAAUUUGGCAAUGGAAUUCUCGUAUCCUGCUGUUAUCCAGGCUAGUGAUGGAAAUGUUCACAUCACCUAUACAUAUAAUAGAACACAGAUUAAGGUAAGUNCUAUUCUAGUAACACACUUAACUUAA